AUGCCCUCGACCGUCGACCUGGCCACGCUCGAGUCUCUGAUCAACCCCAUCCCGCUCAAGACCAUAUCUCUGAUGGAGGCCCCUGUCGCGCUUCCCAUGGGCCAGGCCACGACGGGCCUGCUCUCCCCGCCGUCGACUCCCACGGUCGUUCCCCAAUUCUCGGCCGCCUCGGGCCCGCACUUUAUGCUGCCGUCGGCCCUGGGAGCUUCAUCGCUGGUGUCCAUCUCGCCCUUUGGCGAGGCCGUCGUGGGUGCCCUCCAGUCCUCUCCUGGCGCGGCCCUCAAGCCCCUGAUGUCUUCCUACCCGUUCCAGAGCAGCGAUUUCGCCAUGCGCUCGCUUGCCUCCCGGUCCGCCUGGUCGGCUCCGGCCCAGCUCAACUGCGCCUCGGUGCUCUUCCAGUCCGGCAGCAUCCCCAUCUCGCACCCUCUGGCGGUUCCGUUCCAUGACGACUCGAUGCGCUUCUGCGUACCACACGAGGUCCAGCAGUCCACCGACAUGGCCAUGACCCCGAUACUGUCUGCUGAGACCACGUGCUUCACGCCGUCGCUGGACCCCGUUCGGAUCUUCACUCCGAUGAUGGAGCCGGUGGUCACCGCCGUGGGCGCCAUGUCGAUGAUCUCUGACUUUAGUCUCGACUCGGCCGAGCCCAUUGCCGGCGAGGAUAGCACAGAGAUUCCUGCUCAAGCCUCCGAGACACACGCGGGCGACGCCACCGACCUCGGGCCCGAGCCCUGGGUUGCAUCAGAGUCCGUGCAGGCUUCCGAGUCUGUUCACCUAACAACCGUCUCACAAGAUGAUCCAGAGGCCCAGCUGAUCACACCCGACGUGGCUGCCGCCGCCGACAUUCUCUCCCGACCCAAGCGCAUGCGUCGCAAGCGCAAGAGCAUCGACGAAAGCGACUCGCACGAGGGCUCUGAGUCCACGGCGGCCUCGCCCAACAGCAAGGGUCGGCGGAAGACCAGCCACGGCUCCAUCGUCUUGGCCCAGACGCACUCCAACGCCGACAAACCCACGGUCAAGCCCGUUUACAUUUCGGAGCAGCCGCUAUCGAAUCGUGGCCGAACGAUCUAUCCCGCCGUGUACAAGUGCACAUUCGACGACUGCCCGAAGGUGUUCACCCGGCCGUACAAUCUCAAGUCGCACAUGAAGAUCCACACGGGCGAGAAGCUGUUCUGCUGCGAGUACUGCCCGUCAAAGUUCACACGCGGCCACGACCUGAAGCGCCACACUCGUCUGCACACCAACGAGCGGCCCUUCCUGUGUCCCCGCUGCAGCAAGUCCUUCUCUCGGUCGGACGCCGUGCGCCGGCACAUCAAGGUCGAUGCCUGCAUCGAAUAUGUGCUUGACCGCGAGCGUGCCGAGGGUCAGGACCUGUUGGAAGACGACGACCCCUUCUCGGACGAAGAGCUGGACGACACCAUCGAUGGACACGACCCGGAUGCAACCGAGUCCGAGGAGCUGGAGGACGACGAGGACCUCUAA